CCACGUUAGCUUGGGUCGCCGCGCAUUGCCAAAGCUACAGCGGCACAGCGGCCAGCCAAUCAGCACACAGAGGCGGCGGCGUGGUGCGGCUCUCAGGUGACACCCAUAAAACGAUAGCGCCUAACUAAACUCAAUGACAAGCCGGGGGAUUCGUUUCUCGACGAAAAGGGACAUUUUCGAGACGCGGCGCGCACUUUCUGUCGGCGGAGCCCAAAAUCAAAACACUUCUGGGGAGCAGACAUGGCUUUGGUGGGCAUCAGAGCUUCAUACCACAGAAUUCUGGACCGCAUUGAACUGUUAUUACCUGCAAAACUAAGACCUUUCUACAACCACCCAGCAGGUCCAAAGACAGUUUUCUUCUGGGCUCCUUGGUUCAAAUGGGGCUUGGUAAUGGCAGGUAUGGCUGACAUGGCCCGCCCUGCUGAAAAACUCAGCACAUCCCAGUCUGGAGUCCUCAUGACCACAGGGUUAAUUUGGUCACGAUAUUCCCUUGUCAUCUACCCAAGGAACAUGAACCUCUUUGCAGUGAACUUCUUUGUUGGUAUCGCGGGUGCCACGCAGCUGUUCAGAAUCUGGAGAUACAACCAGGGAUUACAGGAGGGGGAGACGGAUGUCCAGGCUGGUCCGACCACACAAGACGGUGCUGCUUAACACUGUACCUCGUGGCAGUAUGCACAAGCAUACAAAUGCCCAUGCACACACACACGGGCACAUGCACAUACAUAUCUGAAUAUUAGCAUUACGAUGAGUCCAAAGGAAUUGAAUCAAGUGCAG